UCUCAAGUACGUGUUUUAGUGACAGGCCGGAAACUACAUUUCCCAGCAUCCUUAUGGAAAGAGAACUUCAUUGUACGAAAGCCUUUGCGAGAAUCAAUACGCUUUCCGCUUCCUCUUACUGACCCGGAGCUCCGAGAUUAUGAGGGGCCGCUGGAUUUGGCGGCUCCUGCGCCCUGACGGCUACGGGGUCCGGGGGACGUCAACUCCCCACGGGCGUCUGUCAUCCGCCCUGCGGAGAGGUUUCUUGACCACCACAACUAAGUCGGGUUAUGAUAGUAGGCCAGUGGACAUAACUCCUUUCGAACAAAGAAAAUUAACUUUUGAUACCCAUGCAUUGGUGCAAGACUUGGAAACUCACGGAUUUGACAAAACACAAGCACAGACAAUUGUAUCAGUACUAAGUAUGUUAUCAAAUGUCAGCCUGGAUACUAUCUAUAAGGAGAUGGUGACUCAAGCUCAACAGGAAAUAACAGUCCAACAGCUAAUGGCUCAUUUGGAUUCCAUCAGAAAAGACAUGGUCAUCCUAGAGAAAAGUGAAUUUGCAAAUCUGAGAGCAGAGAAUGAGAAAAUGAAAAUUGAACUAGAUCAAGUUAAACAGCAGCUGGCUCAUGAAACCAGUCGAAUCAGAGCAGAUAAUAAAUUGGACAUCAACCUGGAAAGGAGCAGGGUAACAGACAUGUUUACAGAUCAAGAAAAGCAACUUAUGGAAGCAACCAAUGAAUUUGCCAAAAAGGAUACACAAACCAAAAGUAUUAUUUCAGAGACUCGUAAUAAAAUUGACACUGAAAUUGCUUCCUUAAAAACACUCAUGGAGUCAAGCAAACUUGAAACAAUUCGCUAUCUUGCCGCCUCCGUGUUCACUUGCUUGGCAAUAGCAUUGGGAUUUUAUAGGUUCUGGAAGGAGAACUGACACGCCUGCUGUUGUUGCUGAUCCCUCCAUAAAAUAUACUUACUACAAAUUCUUCAAAGUACUUAUGGACUAAUAGCAGUGUCUUGGUAUUUAAUUUUUAUGUUGUAUGUCUUUACUAUGUUGAAAACCUGUCACUCAAAGCCUGGUUUGAGAUAGAAGGGCAUUUCGUCCUUAUUCUUUUGGUAACUAUAGCAACAAAAAUAGUUUUGUAUUUGGGCUUUGUAAAUGAAGUAGGAUUUGUUAUCAGAUUACAUACUUGAAAACAAUUUCAUCAUCUAUGUACUUACUAGAUUUUUACUUUCUAGGUUAUUAUUGUAGUUAAAUUUUAAAUAAAAUAAAACACUACAACAAAGUUGGUUGCCUUGGAAAAAGCUUUUUAAGAAUAAAACUUCAGUUCAAUUCAAAAUAAUCCUGUUAUUUUUAAGAAUACAGACUGUAUAGAGGAGAUAAGAGACAUCCUUGUGUGUAUUUGAAACAGGGUCUCAUGUAGUCCUGGCUGGCCUCAAAGGGGAUAUAGCCAAGAAUGACUUUGACUUUCCAAAAUGCUAGACAUAAAAUAAACAUGCAUAACCAUGCCCAAUUUUAUGCAGUGCUGGAUAUUUAACCUAGACUUUCAUGCACACUAGGCAAGCACUUUUCAACUGAUCUGCAUCCCCAUCCCAUCCAUGCCAUUUGUAGCACUUGCUUUAGACUUCUGACUAGCCUGAUCUGAUCUCAGCAAUCAGAUUCUUGGGACCAACAAGUGCUGCUGGUACCAGCUAGGCUGAAAUAGCCAUCGUACAGGAAGAAAGAGAAAUAGAGU